AUUAUGUAUUAUAGUCUACCAUUCAUAAUUUAUUUUCUUUAUGGAGGAAGAUUUUUGUAUCGUAAUCUGUGAUAGAAUAAUUGCAGAGUCUCGGUGAACCGCAAGAAACCUUAAAGAAAAACAUAGGAUUGACCAACUUGUAAAGUGUCUGUCUAUCUACUAUGGAUAAAGAAUCAUCAAAAUCGUUAUUUUCUCUGCAGCGCUGUCCUAAUAUAUAUCGAAUUAACUUAGAGUCCUCUAGUUUAAAUGAAGUUCUUUCAGUUUUCGUGGACGAAAUAUUACUGGGUUGUUGUUCAUCAGCAGCAGAAUCUGUUCUUGUUGAAUACCUCACUAGCAUAGUGGAGCCAAUCGGAUGGAAAGCUGUCUGGAGGUCAACUAGAAAAUCUUCUAUUGUUGAUUCAGAGCUAGAUUUCAUAGUGGAAGUUGUGAAUGUGAGUUUACAAAAGUUAGAGGCUGAUGUGCUUGUGAAAUCAGUAAUCGGAGCUGACCUCAACCAGAUACAGUGGAUUCAGCAAGAAGUUAAAAAGUGUUCUUGUGUUGCUGUACCAUUAGUUGAAUUGUUUGUAAUCAGUGAAGAGGACGAUGAUGAAGUGUAUCUUAAAACAGCACUUGCUAUCGAGCAUGUUCGAUUCUUUUUAUUGUAUUUGCAACGACCUUGGGAUGGAGAGGAAGAUGUCAAAUAUACGGAAGACAUUUUAAAACCUCGACUGCAGCUUUACUUUGACAUGAAGAAUAACAUUCUGCCCAAACCCAUGAUAUCCAAGAUAAAAAUGAUUCUGAAGCAAGCAACCAAAGUGCAGAGAGAGAUCAACCUAAUGUAUUCUGAAAUGAAUGUGAGUGAUUCUGAAGCUGAAAUCAAUGAAGAAGACUUUAUGAGGACAAUUGAAUUGAAAGAAAGACUCAAUGAACUGCAAACUAAAAUGGAAAUGUUGGAGAAUCCAGUAAUUAGGUCUUAUGUAAAAAAGAAAUACACCCCAGGGAAACUCAUUAAACGAAGAUACAACAGCGGCGUUCAAAAACCAGUUACUUAUAUUGUUGCUAAGCAAUUUACACUUGAUAUGAUUCAAAAUUUAUCUGUUGAUUCUAAUGGGAUUCUGGAAUUCGAACAUAAUCCUGAAACUGCUUUUAAAUCCAGUUCUGCUGGAGAUAAAAUUAUAAUUUUUCCCGGUACCUACAUAUGUGAUACUUUAGGAUGGGUUGAAGAGCCUAUAACAGUUCAAGGAGUUGGAGGAGAUUGUAAGGAGAUUGUGCUUGAAGCAACAGGCAACAGUGAUGUCUUCUUAAACUGUUGCACCAGAAUUAUAGAAAUUGAGAAUGUCUUAUUAAGAGUGAAGAAGGAUCUGCUGAGCGCUGUAGUUGUCCAUCAUGGAAAACUUCACAUGAAAGGAUGCAUUGUUGACAGUAAUGCUUCUGAUCAUGGAAUAUUGCUGCUGGGAGGUGCAGAAGCAGUCUUGCAAGACACCAUUGUUUGUAAUUCUAAGAAAGAUGGUAUCCAAAUGAAAUCUUUAAGUUCGUUACACUUACAGUCUUCAAAUAUUGAGCGCAAUGAAAGGUAUGGACUGCAUGUAGACGCAGAAGGUGAAUAUUCAACUGAAAGCUUCACUGAAGUGCUGAUUUCUGAUUCUUACAUAACUCAAAAUGGUUCUUAUGGAAUGUUCUUGAACAAUGUCCCAAUGACAGACAUAUCAUUGCAGAGACCGAGUGGCGAUUUCACGAUUCUCAUUUUGUUUCCGUGGUUAAGACAUGCUGUUGAGAAGAGUGGUAUUGGUAAUAACGGAGAAAAAGGUAUUGGCGUCUCCUCGACCUGCAAAAGUAAUGUAUUCAAGGCAAGACCUUUUCAAGAAGAGUUGCCUAAACCGGAAGAGCUUAACUAUUCAGCCUUAAGUGAGCUUCUAAACGCGGUUAACUUGAGCAUGGAACGGGAAACACAGCAUCUCUACAAUUAACAUUCACCCCUUUGCCUUCAAGUUGUAUAAUAAAAACCAGAAUUCAAGAAGUUGAUAUAAACAGAUUUUUCGAGAAUCUAUGAAAGAAAAUUCUUUAAAAUUAUAUUGAUUAACUAAUAUUAUAUUUUCAUGUAACUAUUUUUCUAUAAACAGUGAUUGAUUUUUUUUUCAUUCAUGUUUUUAUAACUGUGCAGUAUUUUUAUAAGUAAAUAGUGUAAUGUGAGACACCGAAAAUUUCAGUAUUGAAUAAUGAAAAUGUUAUGCAUUUCUCUUUUCAUAGCUGCCAACUCUACUGGAUUUUGCCAAUUUCUCCCGCUUUACUCGUCUAAUCCAAUCUCUCCCGGUUUUUUUACAUUUUAGAAAAGUCCCUAAAAUUAAGUUUCCUAAAAAAUCCCUAUUGAAAUAGAAUUUUUCACAGUUUAUUGCUUGCUUGAAUAUCUAAAUUGGUGUUACGUAAUAAAGCGAGCUUCAUUUAUAGUAUUCAAUAUAAAGCUUUUUUUCUUAUUUAAAAAUAUCGUGGUUUAUUUUUAUUUGGAUUCUCUUUUUUUAAAUUAUUUAAAGCAUCUUUAAACUAUCAGUAAGAAAUUACUAUUAAAAAUUGUGAUUUAGCAUAAGUUAAAAGCAUUUCGUUUAAUGUCAAUCAUAACUGGUAAAUAUAAAAUUUUUGUAUUUUGAUGACAAUAAAAAUCCCUGUAUGUAAAAUAUUUGGUAUAUUAUGCAGCAAAUAUCAUGAAAUUUAUGUUUUGUGAAAUCUACAGUAUUUUUUCCAGUCCAUAUUGGCAGCAAUGCUCUUUUGUACUUUCUUCCUACUUUACUAUUUCAGUUUUUAUUUUUUUGCAGUCUUUAUUUUUUUGCAUGGAGAACUAUUAUAUUUUUGCCCUUUUUUAUACUUUUUAAUUUGGUACGGUAGCAUAACAUUUCAAUUUUUUUUUUCUGUAAAAUACAGUAUUAUUAAAAAUUUGUAGAUUUUUCACGCAUUUUUAUUGUGUAUGAAUUUUAGAAAAAUAGAAUGUUCUCUCUGUAUCUGCUACUUUCACAAGAUCUGACCAGUAGUAAUUUGACAAGAAAUUUUGGUAUAAAUUGAAAGUUUCCUAGUUUUUGUGUAAUUUUCGGAAAUUUGAUGAUAUUUGGAAAAUUUGGUUUAAAAAAAAAAACUUUAUUAAAUUUUUUAUUUUUUUUUAUUUAUUUAUUUAUUUAUUUUUUUUGGACUUUAACAGGGUUCUUAUAGUCUUUAAAUUCCUUGAAGUCGUUUAGUAAUUCUUUAAAAUGAAACAUUUUGACAUCAAAAAUUUUUCAAGUUACAUUUAAUUAGUGAAAUCAUGGG